CGUCAGUGAGUGGAGUGUGUUAGCGUCUGUCAUUGUGCAGUCAGUGUAUCGCAAGGUGGUCGCCAGGGAAAAUAACCACCAAAUAACAUGGAUUCACCGCCAAGAGAUGACUAUCCAGUUCUACUUGAUUUGAAAACCAAGAAAACCUAUCCACUGACAAAAAGGACGCUGAAAAUAGGAUGGGGUGAAUAUGAUAUUGAAUUGAAUGAUGAAAAUUGUAAAGGAUUAUGUUGUGAAAUUAUGAAUCAGAACAAUGCUGCCAUCAUUUUUCCAUUUGCUAUCACCACAUCUUGUCUAGUAAAUGAUGUGGAGAUUGAAGAACAGACGACAUUAACCCACGGGUGCACUCUGCAACUUGGAAAAUCAAGUUUAUUCCGAUUUGAAGAAACAAGGUUUAAAAGUAAUCGAAAUAGUGUAUUAGAUGAAAGUGACCUGACAGAUGGAGCUAGUCCCCCUCCCAAACCUCCAAGAUUAUAUUCUUCUCCAUGUUCCAGUAUAGAUAAAAGUAGUGAGGAUGGUAUGGAAUCCACAACGUCUGGUGCUAAUAGUUUCUCUGAUGACUGGUGUAUUAUAAUUCAACCAGAUAUAGACUCUGAUUUAAUACAACAGUUACAGACCCCUGAACAGGUAGCACAUCUUGCUUCAUCGUAUAUCAGUAGACAGCUGCUAAUGUUGACCAAUGUAUCAAUCUCACCUGAGUUAGUGGAUGAAGUAUUUAAAGCUAUGCAAGAAGUUGCCGAGACAAACGAGAACAUUCUGAUAGACUUCUUGAAAACAUUUUGUGAGGACAACAACAAAUUAAAAGAAAAAGAAGACAUUGAGACAGAAUCAACCAGCGGAAAACCUAAAUUUUCAUGCCAUAUUCCACUUAUAAAACUACUCCUGGAUUUACUGAGAUAUUCACUGGACCCUGUGGAGCAUAAUAUUCUAUGGACAAAACUCCUUGCCAAGUUGAGUUUCUUCACAGAAAAUCAUCACACACUGUUGACGUGCAGAGCUGGUGCCGUAUUGCUGGGGACAAUGGCAGCACACUUACAAGCGGAUGAGAUCCAAGAGAAUGCAUGUCAUGUAUUGGCACAGCUAGCAAAAUAUAAACCCACACCCAACGCAAAGGGUGCAGUUAAACAGUGUGCUAUAGAGUUAGUGGUUACUGGUAUGGAAAGACAUCUUGACAAGCCUUCUGUUUUAAGACCUGCUUGCAAAGUACUUGCAAAUACUGUUGUGACCACAUCAGAAGUGACUGCAAUGACACCCCAACAAGAAGGAUUUAAUAUUGACGUUUUUGAGAAGAUGAUGGUGGCAUCACUUGAGAUGAUUGACUAUAUCCGUGAUGUGGCUCUACCAGUCUUAGAGUCAGCAAUGCACGAGUAUCCUAAAGAUUUCAGUAUCAACUUUGAUGGUGCACAGGUCAAAGAAUAUUUCAAAAAUCCAUCAAAGUUUAAAAAGAAAAAGCAGAUGGAGAAGGAUGAGAUCCAAAAAGAGGCUGCUAAGAAUCUUGCUUUGGAAGCCAUAAAACAGAAAAAGAAAGUGACCAAAGUGAGCAAAACCCACCAUAAGGAGGCUACCACAAAGCAUAAUGAUAAAUCACCAUCAUCAUUGAUGUUGCCGAUAUCAGAAAGGGAAAUGAAACUAGAGCUAAAUAUGGUGGGACAGGGUACGUUGAAUGAAAAUGAUAGUGUAUUAACAGGGACCAAUGGCAUUGAGGCAAUGUAUGGAGAAACAAAUUCAAGUGAUUAUAAUGCAAAUGUUAAUUAUAGUAAACCGCAGCGUCAAACUUGGGAGAAAUCACAAUCAUGUGACCUUCUUGUGGUGAUGUCUGAUAUCGUACGUACCCCAAACUCCACUCCUGAAAUGAAAAGAGAGAGAAAGAAAUGGAGCACUAUGCAGGUACUGCCUGUCGGGUUAAUCACUGAAGAUACAAAUACACCAAAGAUACAGCCAAAAUCUUGUAAUACAUCAAAGAAAUUUACAAAGAAUCAUUCAGAGGUCAUCAACUUUCUGGGCACACUUUGGAUUACUGGAAACCAAGUACAAGCCAUUGAAUCUUUAACCAGAACAACUGAAGAGAUAAUCAAAUCUAUGACAGCAAAGAAAAAAUCUACUUGUCCAUUAUCGACAGCUGAUAAAUGCCUAAUUGAUACUGACCCAACAGUUUGUGCUAGUGCGCUUAAUGUAUUCUGCUCACACAAAGCCAAGUGGACCUUAGCUGCAGCUGCUAAAGUCCUUCCAUUGACUGAGAUAUUAUUUGCAAAUCGACUGUUAAUGCGGCCUGCUGCAGAAGUUAUAACAUUGAUACUAUCCUUAUAUGGUCAAGAUGUACUUAAACAAUAUGAAGCUAUUGAAUAUGGUUGUCCAAGUCCGUUCCAUCGGGAUGACAGACAUAAUUUGGACGUAUGUUACGAAGAGUUAGGCAAAGUGCAUGACCAGAUAGAUGGUGCAAUAUCCAGAGUAAAUGGAUCAAUAGAAAGCCAAGAUCUCAUCAGGCGACUAGAAACACUUCAAACCCAAAUGCAGGAAUUUACAUCUGUGAUAUCACUGGCCUAA